AUGGGUGAUCCUUCAAUCGAACCUGCUACUAACAAUGAUGAUAUCCCCAUUGAUGAUGUAGCUAAAACGGGUUUGGAUGACAGUUCAACUAGUGCAGAGAAUGACAAAUCUGAUGCGUAUGGAGAUACCAUUGAUGUGGAUAAUACUUCAACUGUUGAUGAAGAUGCUACUGAUGAGGAUGAUUCAGGAACUGGUGAUGAGAUUACUGCCACUGAUAUUGUGGAUGUGGAAUCUAACACCAAUGAGAUUAAAGAUAUUGGUGAUGAUGAUACCACUGCUGUAGAUAAUGCUUCAACUGCUGAUGAAGAUGCAACUGAUGAGGAUGAUUCUGGAACAGGUGAUGACGUUAAUGAAGUGGAUUUUGAAUCUAACAUUAAUGGGGAGAAUGCUGCAGUUGAUGACAAUGAUUCUUCCACAGAGAUUAAAGAUACUGGUAAUAAAGCAUCAUCUGGUGAAGUUGGUGUCACGACUAGUGUUGACGUUAACAUGGGUGAGAAGGAUCCUUCAAUCGAACCUGCCACUAGCGAUGAUAAUAUAUCCACUGAUGAUGAUGUAAUUAAAACGGAUUCGAGUGACACUUCAACUAGUGCGGAUGGUGUUAAAUUUGAGGCGGAUGAAAAUUCAACCAGUGAUGAUUCUAUCAUUGAUGCGUAUGAUGAUACCACUGCUGUAUAUAAUGCUUCAACUGUUGAUGAUGCUGCAACGGAUGAGGAUGAGGAUGACACUUCAACUAGUGCGGAUGGUGUUAAAUUUGAGGCGGAUGAGAAUUCAACCAGUGAUGAUUCUAUCAUUGAUGCGUAUGAUGAUACCACUGCUGUAUAUAAUACUUCAACUGUUGAUGAUGCUGCAACGGAUGAGGAUGAGGAUGACACUUCAACUAGUGCGGAUGGUGUUAAAUUUGAGGCGGAUGAGAAUUCAACCAGUGAUGAUUCUAUCAUUGAUGCGUAUGAUGAUACCACUGCUGUAUAUAAUGCUUCAACUGUUGAUGAUGAUGCAACGGUAAUUAUACACUCACCUGUGUUAGAUGCUGGUACCGAUGAUGACGUUGGUGGAUCCAUAUAUUGUGACGACGUUUCUUCCACUGGUGAUGAUGAACUUACUGUUGGAGAUGUUGACGACUCUAACACAGACGAACUCACAGCAGUUGGUGACGAACUUACUGUUGGAGAUGUUGACGCCUCUGGCACAGACGCACUCGCAACUGUUGUGGAUGAACUUAUUGCUGGGGAUGUUGAUGACGCUACCACAGCCGUUGAUGACAGACUAAUUGUUGGGGACGCUGACGACUCUGGCACAGAGGAACUGACAACUGUAAGAUUAAUGUAUAAAAAGUUUCUGAAAUGA